UCUGCAGGUCCAGUUUGAUCCUUCUGGAACAUUCCUGGCCACUAGUUGCUCAGAUAAAAGCAUUUCCAUCAUCGACUUCCGCUCUGGAGAAUGUGUGGCCAAAAUGUUUGGGCACUCAGAGGUCAUCACGGGGAUGAAAUUUACCUUUGACUGCAAACACCUGAUCACCGUCUCAGGAGACAGUUGCAUCUUCGUGUGGCGCCUGAGCCCUGAAAUUACCGCUUGCAUGAAGCAGCACUUGAGGGAAUUGGAACAGAUCCAGGAGCAGCAGGAGGUUGGGGACUCUGCGUGGCCUCCCCGGAUCAGGGUGGAAAUGUUUGAAAGGGUCUCCCACCGGGAUAUGGUUGAUUUUGACCUGGAGGAGGAGGAGGAGGAGGAAGAGGAAGAGGAAGAGGAGGUAGAAGAGGAGGAAUUAGCUCCGCAGACUCCAGUUAAAGAUGACCUCCAUCCAG